CAGCUGUAGAUUUUAUUAUGACUGAUGAACAUGGGUCUGAUGAGCUCGGCAACAUGGCAGAAUACCUAAAGAUACUUUAUUACUGGUUCCUUUUGGGUCCAAUUAUCACGCUCGAAUGGCUCAGACGAAAGAAGAAACUCUGUUGUGUGACGAUAUCACAACAAGUCCAUGAGGAAUCUGCAGCUGGCAACGAGGAAAAUGCGCGGUUAGUCCCAAGAGUUGACGAGGAUCAGGAACAGAACGUACAAGACAUCACCGGUGGGGAAAUUGAAAGUGAAUCUCAACUUCUAAUCACUACAGCAGACACAGACACUGAUAUAACAAUAUUUGACCUCAUGGGCAGAAUUAUAGUUCGUGUGACAAGGAUAUUUGGAAUCCGUUACCUCGCAUUUCUCUAUUUUACGGUUUACAAUAUGAUGUGCACAGUUUCCAAUUUUCUUUUUAUUAUCAUUCUCAACAAACACAAAGUUGUCACAAGGUAUGUGUUCUACAUCAGUGUGUGUAUGAUCUGUGCUUAUGUUGAAAGUGACAUAGUAGCUGUGUUUUACUUCAUUCUUAAUUCUCAAGGCUCCCUGAAUAACUUAAAACUCACUGCCCUUCGCACUGUAGCACUGGGCCUCACUUUGACUCUGAGUUUUAGUUCUUCAAUGCACAUAAUCCGCAAACUUAUGAAGCCUCAGGAGUCUGUGUUUGAGGGACUGUCAGAGAGGUGAGUUCAAUGUUUUUGGAUUGGGUAAGCAGCAUCUCUUGUCA